AUGGACCGCAGCAAGUUGAGGCUCCCGGAUUUUGAGCAGUUCACCGUGUCAUUCAAAGACCAUGGAGAUGAUUUGCAACAACAGGGGAAUGAAUCAUUACACCCCUCCCCGCUGAACCCGCUCGCGUCGAAUCCUCCAACACCAAAGGAGCAGCGUGCAUACCAAGAACAAUUACCAUGGCCAGAAAUGCCGUCCCCAUCUAUGCAGUCGUCCUUCAAGAACGUAGACCUACGACCUCCGCUAUGCAAAGACCACAGACGUAUGGUCGUGUUCAUAGGGCUGAUGAUAGCGUGGCUGUUUAAAGGGUUUGACGACACUGUCAUUACAACGAUAGUCCCAGCGUUAUGUCGAAAAUUUGACAGUCUACCUCAGAUUGCUUGGUUCAGUGCAGCGUACUUUCUACCGCAAGCGUGCUUAUACAUUGGCUUCGGCAAGCUAGCGCAGGUUACUAAUAUUCGCUGGUUUGCUAUUAUAGACGGAGUUAUCCUCACUAUUGGCUCGAUAAUAUGCAUAAUCGCCGAGUCAGCUGGGGUCUUCAUUGUCGGACGGGUAGUGACUGGCAUAGGGAUCGCGGCCGGUGUACCUCUCUGUGCAACUGUUCUCAUCGAUAUCACAAGCCCAGCUGAGAGACCGACAUACAUGGCUUCUUGCGUAGGCGUAGAUGUGAUCAGCCUCGCGUUUGGUGCUCUCAUGGGCGGAUACUUGGAGACCAAGAUGGACUAUCGGUGGGCGUUUGCGUUCACUAUUUUCGGAGCCGUGCUGUCUGUGGGCUUGGUUGCGGCUGCAUACGAACAACCCCGUCGUCAGUCAGAUGAUCAGUCAGUCAGUGAGCUGAUUCAGGAAUUCGACUUUAUCGGCUUUCUCCUCCUGUCUCUUUUCAGCGUCUUCUUGCUUAUCGGGAUUCAGCUCGCGGCCCAAAGCAAUGAGUGGCUCUCAGCGCCUGUUAUCUCCUGUGUUGUUAUGGCAGCGUUGACCCUUCCCGGGUUUAUUCUCCAACAGGCCAAGUACGGAGACCCGGAGCACCGCCUUCUGCCCGAGGGCUUAUUCAACCGAGACGUGUCACUGCUUCUUGCAUUUGGGUUCUUUGUCAUGUUCGCUAUGUAUGGGGUCUAUUAUUACUUGUCAACAUAUUUCCAGGUAAGCUCUCAUACAACUCAACCUGUCGAUCUGGAUGCUAACGGCAUGGAGACUGUGAAGGGUCUGUCGUCCUUUGACGCUGCUGUAUCGCUUCUGGCUUUCUUCCUAGCAUCCGGGAUAUCCAGCAUCGUAACUGGUGUUUCCAUGAUAUGGGUUCCAUAUGCCAACAUCAUCAUCCUCCUGGCAGCUGUCUUGGCUCUAGUAGGAACGUUCCUACUGACAACCAUGGACGAGUUCACCGCGCCACUUCACGCUGGGCUUUUGAGCAUCAUCUCAGCUAUAGGUUAUGGCGCUUCUCAGACGCUGUCCAUUGUAUUUUCGCAGAGCUGGGCCCCAGAAACGCACCAAUCCUUUAUCGUAUCCGUAGCCUUGACGAUCCAAUUGUUCGGUGGAACGCUGGGACUAGUACUUGGUGGCUCUGUACUCAACACGCAGAUCCUGUACCGGGUCAACGAGCUAGGCGGAACACUGACACCAGAUCAAUUGAUUGUGGUGAUAGAGGCUUUGGCCAUGCCCGACAAGAUACGGGAUUUUGUGCCGCUGGACCUCAUCGUACCACUGCUCGAAGUGUUCUCUCGCUCGAUUCAAAUUGUUUUCUACACGUGUGGAGCUGCUGUUAGCAUAGCGUGCGUACUGGCUAUCACAAUUGCAAAGUCGAUGGAAUCCGUGGAGACCAGUACAAUGGACCACCAGAGACGGCCGAGCAACGAGGCAGAUUUACAACGCAGCAUCGAAAGCGACUAG